CACACACAACUCCAUCCAGUUCAUUUAGGUGAAAGUCCAGCUCCUGUGUAUUGAGAAAUUUCAGCCAAGACAGCACAUAUAGCUCUCAAAUGUCUCAAAUUUUCUACUCUUGUCACAAAGCAAGAAAGAGGCUGAGAAAGGCUGGAAACAACACUGUGCACUGAAAAAAGCGCAAAAAGAGGGUGACACUGGCAGGAGAUGGAGUCCAGAGCCAGACUACAAUGUUUGGAUACUGAACCCACCAGCUCAGCAACCCAGCUGGUGGAGAUUGAGGGGGUUUCUCUACCCAGAGAAACUGAAGAAAGCUGGGGUCAAAUUCAAGGCUUCCAAGCUCGGCCUGAUGACCUCCUCAUCUGCUCUUACCCCAAAGCAGGGACCACAUGGAUGCAGGAAAUUGUGGACAUGAUCCAGCAUGGUGGUGAUGCACAGAAAUGUGCUCGGGCCCCCAUCUAUCAACGGAUUCCCUUCAUAGACAUGUUCCCUCCAAUCCCAGUCCCCUCAGGCUUAGAACAGGCAGAAGCAGUGCCUUCUCCACGUACCCUGAAAACUCACCUACCGAUUCAUCUUCUCCCACCUUCCUUCCUGGAACAGAAUUGCAAGAUUAUUUAUGUGGCCCGGAAUGUGAAGGACAAUGUGGUCUCCUAUUUUCAUUUCCAUCGUAUGAACCGAAUGAUUCCAGAACCUGGGAAAUGGGAUCAAUUUCUUGAGAAUUUCAUUGCUGGGAAGGUCAUCUGUGGCUCAUGGUUUGAUCAUGUCCGUGGCUGGUGGGAAGCCAAGGAGCAUCAUCCAAUACUCUACCUGUUUUAUGAAGAUAUUAAAGAGGACCCAGCCCAGGAAAUCAGAAAAAUAGCCCAGUUUCUAGGUCUAGAGCUUCUGGAACCUGUUGUGAACCUCAUUGUGCAGCACACAGCAUUUGAGAGCAUGAAAACAAACCCGAUGGCUAAUUACAUCACUUUGCCUUCCUCCCUACUGGACCACUCUGUGUCACCCUUCAUGAGAAAAGGGACUGUAGGGGACUGGAAGGAACAUUUCACAGUGGCUCAGAGUGAACAUCUGGAUACCAUCUAUGCACAGCUGCUGGGAGACAGCAGCUUGACCUUCCGCACACAACUAUAAUCCCACCUCUGCGUUAUCUACCCACACUUCACACACAAAAACACUUGGCGUGUUGAUUUUGUGGUUAAUAAAAUAACCCAUGCAGCCAGGGGCAAAAGUCA